ACAUUUUCUUUUCUAUUUUCUUUACCCCUCCCUCACACAUUGUAUGUAUGUAUGAUGCUUUGCCUACAAACAAUCAGUGGAAGCAGCAGGCGAACCGGGUAACGAUAGCGUCUACUACAACCCUAAGAGUUGGGUACAUUCCGAUGGCAGUGAUGCUGCCUAUUUUAUGCUUCAAAUGCAUCCAGAUUUGGCUGACCCCAUUGAGCAAUUGGGCAUGGAAAUCGAACCGGAUGACAAUGAGACAGUGACCGAUUUCAAGCAACGCUUCGGUGAGAAACGUCUGUGGGAGAUGCAAAUCAAUGUCACCGAUUUGGAUGAAUUGGAUCUACGUUGCGGUGGUUUGGUGCGUCGCUCCAAUAUGUCACAACUCACAAAUGAGACUGUCAACUGCAUGGUACAGCGUUGUAUAUUUACAAUGAAUGCACCGGAGAUUUGUCCACCGGAUUACAAAGAGUCGGAUGAUAGAGUUUUCUGGAUAUACUUUUUGUUGAGAUUCCUUGCCACAACAAUGCUGUCAGCUGGUGUCACCAUAAUGGAUCCCAUUGCGCUGACUAUGAUUGAGAAAUAUGGUGGAGAUUUUGGGCGUGAGCGGCUUUUCUCCAGCAUUGGCAUGGCUAUUUUUUCGCCAAUUACAGGCAUAAUGAUUGAUUAUUUUUCGCGUGGUCUCGGCUAUACAGACUACUCGGCCGCUUUCUACACCUACGAUUUGUUGCUGGUAAUAUCGACAGUUUCAGUGUUAAUGAUGCCAUUGGGCGAUAAAUUGCCAGCGGAUAAUGUUUUUCGAGAUUUGUGGAAUCUACUCAAGAUGCCGCAUGUCAUUACAUUCAUCUUCUUCCUCUUCAUAUUGGGCAAUUUCUGGGGCUUCAUAGAGAGCUUCCUAUUUCUAUAUCUGAAAGAGUUGGGUGCGCCNUGGCUAUACAGACUACUCGGCCGCUUUCUACACCUACGAUUUGUUGCUGGUUAUAUCGACAGUUUCAGUGUUAAUGAUGCCAUUGGGCGAUAA